UUUAACAAAAAUUGAAAAUAAAAAUGAAUUGUUUCUGUAUUCAAGAAAAAGAGAAACGAAAAAGAGAAAAAAAUUGAAUAGAUGGACCCAUGAACAGACUGAAAUACCACUGAAAUUACUUCGUUUUCCCCUAGAUGUCAAACUAUGAAGCACUUUAUAGUCCAUAAACUAAGCAGGCAGAGUGUCUUGUGUUCCUGAAGAGUGAGGUUGGCCUAGUCAGGCAGGAAUUAGUGUAAUUGCUCCGUUCUCCACUAGAUGGCGCUGCUUAGCUUAUUGGGAUUGUUGUGGCGCUUGUAGGUGCAUGUGCGUAUGCGCAUGCGCGGAGUGGUGGAAAUGGCGUCACCCAACUACUCAGCCUCUAGUAUUGGAACUCUGUUCUGAACCGUGAUCGGCAAUCGCGCACCUGUCUUUUGUUCUCGGCUUCCGUCCACUCCCCGCUUUUACAAAGUCCGUAACCAAGCCCCAGGCAGCACCUCCCUCCUGAGUUUUGUUUCAGAUGGGGCUGUUUUUCCCGACCCCUUACUUCUGAGGGACUGCGGCUUUGACCUGUUCCGCCCCUCUGUGGGAGGGUCUCACCGAGCAAUGGCCAAGUGCUGGCCACACCCAGGAACGUUCACAGGACCGUGCUGCUGCCGAUGCCCAGAGACUGUGGCCGGGUGCCAGCCCGCCCCAGAAAAAGUUCGUGAGAUAGUGUAGCAGCAGCGUUUCAGGGAUUAUGGAAAAUCACAACACAUCUGGCACCAGGCUUCAACCCCAACGACCUUGUUCUAGCACCAGAGAAUGUGGUUGUUCUCCCGGGUCUACUGGGACCUUGCCUUUGGGGGACCCACAUGGCCUCUACCAGGUGUCCUCCCGGCAGGGGAACCGCCUCUCCCCAUGUGGCCUAAAGAACCCCGGAUCCCGCUCUGCUCCUGGGGAUUCGACCUUCCCAUCAGAGCACCGCCAGGUACCUCCAGAUCAUCAGUUACUCGAUGUAAACCAGGAGCCAACUGCCCCAGUUCACACAGUGGCAUCAGUAGGCAACUGUCCCCUCUUUCUGUCACCGAAGAUUCUUCUGCUCCUAUUCUUGAACUUCAGAGCCGAGGAUCUUCUGGAGUUUGCGGACAUAGAGUCGAAAGGCAGAACAGAUCAGGGGAUGAUGGAACACAGACUCAUCCUGAGAACAGCAGCCAAGAAAACAGAAUCAAGGCUCGCUGCCGGUCAUGCACGUCCAUGGUUCUGAAGGCCGUCUGGGGACUUUUGAUCAUCUUGUCAGUCUCAUCGUCUUGGGUUGGAACCACACAGAUUGUAAAAAUUACUUACAAGAACUUCUACUGUCCAUUUUUCAUGACUUGGUUUUCAACAAACUGGAACAUUAUGUUUUUCCCAGUCUACUAUUCUGGUCAUCUGGCCACUGCUCAAGAAAAGCAGUCUCCAAUGAAAAAAUUCAGGGAAUGCAGUCGGAUUUUUGGUGAAGAUGGUCUGACAUUGAAGCUCUUCCUUAAAAGAACUGCUCCUUUUUCUAUUCUAUGGACUUUGACUAAUUACCUGUAUUUACUGGCUUUAAAGAAGUUGACAGCCACGGAUGUCUCUGCUCUGUUCUGUUGUAACAAAGCCUUUGUCUUCUUGCUGUCGUGGAUCGUGCUGAAAGACAGGUUCAUGGGAGUGAGGAUAGUUGCCGCAAUAAUGGCCAUUACCGGCAUCGUCAUGAUGGCAUAUGCAGAUAAUUUCCACACUGAUUCGAUCAUAGGAGUGGCCUUUGCAGUGGGUUCAGCCUCUACGUCUGCAUUAUACAAGGUUUUGUUUAAGAUGUUUCUCGGAAGUGCCAACUUCGGUGAAGCGGCACACUUUGUCUCCACGUUGGGUUUCUUCAAUUUAAUCUUCAUCUCUUUCACCCCGGUCGUCCUGUAUUUCACCAAGGUGGAACACUGGUCCUCAUUUGCGGCUCUGCCGUGGGGCUAUCUCUGUGGGAUGGCCGGGCUGUGGCUGGCCUUCAACAUCCUGGUGAAUGUCGGCGUGGUGCUGACAUACCCAAUCCUGAUCUCCAUUGGGACAGUGCUCAGCGUUCCUGGAAAUGCAGCUGUGGAUCUCCUGAAGCAGGAGGUGAUAUUCAAUGUUGUCCGCCUGGCCGCAACUAUCAUCAUCUGCAUUGGGUUUCUGCUGAUGCUCUUGCCAGAGGAGUGGGAUGAAAUUACCCUCAGAUUCAUCAAUAGCCUGAAGGAAAAGAAGAGUGAGGAGCAUGUGGACGACAUUACUGAUUCCAAUGUACACCUGCGGAGCAGAAGCAGGGCCAAUGGGACAGUGUCUAUACCACUGGCUUAACGAGGGACACAUUUUGAAUGCACGUGUAUGUAUAUUCUGUGAAUAUAAUAAAAUUUUCUCACUACCUGUACACUCAAAUGACAAUAUUAACUCUGAAUUUGGAUAAGUCAUAUGUGAAAUAAUGCCAAUGAUAAAAGUUUACAUUUAUAUGCUUAUCAAGGAACUGGUGUAAAUAAUCAUAAUAAAAAUUUUUUAUGAAAACAUA